GAAAUCCGACUACUCAAGCUGCAUCCUGGACAGCGCGAGUCCCCAAUCCAUGUCACCUUGAAAACCGUCCCGCUCAAGUCAUCCUCCAUUCCAAAAUAUGAAGCAUUGUCUUACGCAUGGGGCUCAACCUAUGACCGUAAACAAAUCUUCAUAAAUAAAGACACCCUGGCAGUCACCCAGAGUCUUGCCACACUCUUGCCUUACCUGCGCUACCCCGACCAGGAACGCACAUUAUGGAUCGACGCUAUCUGCAUCAAUCAGGAGGACAUGGCUGAGCGUAGCGCUCAAGUAGCCCGCAUGGCAGACAUCUACUCCCUUGCUGCGCAAGUCAUUGUCUGGCUCGGGCCAAAAUCCGAAGACAGCAAUAUUGCACUCGAACAACUGCGAACAAUUAACUCGAAGAUACACUUCGACAGUAUCCUUCAGACCAUCACUGCAGCUUCCCCGGAAGAUGUAGGAUGGACAACUAGCAAUGUUCACUUCUUACUCUCCCAUCAAUCCUUGACUGCGAUUUCUGCACUUCUACAACGAUCCUGGUUUGAGCGGCUGUGGGUCGUGCAAGAAAUCGGUCUCGCACCUAAGCAUCACACAUGGAUAUUCUGUGGAUCUGAAAAUAUCCCUUGGGAUGACUUCUACGCUGCCACUAGUUACCUGCGCUUAACAGGCGCUUUUCCUCCAGACAGCCCGCUGGGCAUCCGCCUUGAGCUCAUUCGUUGUCUUGGAUAUUUGAUAUCUACGUAUUCAUCUCUUCGUGGGACUUUGCAUCGGACUGAGUAUAGCAAGUGUUCUGAUCCGCGGGAUCGAAUUUAUGCUAUAUUGAGUAUUUCAAAUAAAGAGGUGAAGAUUACGCCAGACUAUAACAAGUCUAAAAGAGAGGUAUAUCAGGAUGUAGUAAUGCAGAAUUUGUUACAGAGUGGGAUGUUGAGAUUGUUGACUGCAUGUGAGUUGUCGAAUGAUACAGAAAGCGAAUUACCGAGCUGGGUGCGAGAUUGGGAGAGGAAGAAUAUGUGUAAAUGGUUUCUACAUCUGAACGCUUGUGGGGAAGGAUAUGCGGACGCAAGGCUGGUGGAAGAUGGAGUUCUAGAGGCUGUCGGUGUUACUUGCGCUGAUGUGCAGGAUACAGCUGACUUGAGAAUCGAAGGCGCUGGGGAUGAGAAUGCUACAAGAAGGAUGCUACGAAAGCUAGUGCCUGAGAAUACUGAAAACGACAGAUAUGUUGGAGGAGGCGAUGUGCUCUCUGCUUACGUACGGACAGUUUGUGCUGGAGAAUAUUCGGACAUGGCUCUGCCUAGGAGAGAGGAACAGUUGCAUUUUGAGGAGUGCAGACAUGUCAUGAAAGCUCUUUUAGCCGGCGAGGGUCAUGGAAUGCCUGAUUUGGAGCCCAGGUUUUUGAGACUGGUGAGAUCCUACGCCAAGAACCGAUGCUUGUUCAAGACGAAGAACGGUUAUAUUGGUCUAGCUCCUAGCACUGUACAAGAAGGUGAUAAAGUGUGCGUUCUUUUAGGAUGUACUUCACCUUUGAUACUCCGGCCUAAGAUCAGCGACCCAGGUGCAAAGCAAUCGUUUGCAAUCGUGGGUGAAUGCUAUAUUCUAGGUAUGGUUAGUAGUGAGGCAAUACUUGGCCCU